AUGUCACCAGAUACUGCAUCGUCGUUAUUUCCAGAGCGACCGAUUCGGCCAUUACCGAGACGUCGACUUCGAGAGAAGCUCUCUUCAGAGGUCGCGGAUACGAUCAAAUACCCCCCUCCAACGCACGAAACCACCCCCCUUUUCUAUUAUCCGCCAUAUACUCUCAAGGACGAGGGAAGCCCGCCAAGGAUAGGAUCUACAAGCCCAACUCAACAGGGCCGAAGGACCGAAACAGGGCGCAACUACACCCCCAGACAGAACGGUCUGGGAAUGCGUGACGGUGAUGAUGAAGAAACGACCCUGCGAAGUACCAUGGUCACUCGGUCGCCUCCAAAGAUCCUGACCCGUGGUGCUCGACGACAUUCAAAGCCAGACCAGCCUCGCACGAAUGCACAGCCGCCUCCUUCAGCGACAUCAUCGGCAGACGGUUAUGAUUUGUUCGAGAACACAAGCAACAAAAAGAAGCGCAAGAUACCUUCCGCAGGAGACGCCAUAUUGAAUAACACUCAAGCGUUGAACAAUGAGAUGGGGUCCAUUGCUAUUUCAACUAGCACAGGACAUUCACCUGACAACGAGCUGCAUAAUGACAGAUCGUACCCGCAUUCAAGUACCAGUGGGUUCAUAACCAACAGUCAGGGGAUUUCAGGUUCUGGUAGAGGUAGACUUGGGCGCUCGAGGAACGGUAGAAGCCCACUUCGAGCCUUGUCUGAUGGCAAUAGUUCGUGGAUCGGACGAACACCAAAACCUGCUCAACCCCAAUGGGCACCAGGUGAACAAGAAGGAAGCGGUAUAAUCUCAAACGCUAUAGCAAACGCUGAGAAACUGCGACCCCAGGGCCAGGACAACGUGAGCUUACUCCAGCAACAUUCGGCUGUGACAAAAAGCACUCCAGCUUCGACCCAGUUCACCUUCACCUGUGAAUCUCAAGUUCCUGGCACUAUCCGGUGGCCUGGCCACGCGAAUAAGCACAGCAUGUCGACCCAGGGUGGCCCUGGUUCUUUGCCAGCUGGCAGUGUUGCUCACCAUGAUGGUUCCUCCGUUGCUGCUAGUAGAGGCUCCGGGAGUUCUCGUCGGGAUAGCAAGCGCCGUCUUGAUCGGUCACUUGAUAGGGCUGCUAGGCGCCGUCGUCAAGUUGCUACAGAAACUCGACGAACAAAUCCCAACAGCGCAACACACGACUGGAUCUGUGAAUUUUGCGAGUACGAAAGCAUUUUCGGUGAACCUCCCAAAGCACUGAUCCGAAUGUAUGAGAUCAAAGAUCGCAAACGUCGACAAGAGGAAGCUGAUCGCAAGCGACUUCUUGAGAAGGCCAAGGCGAAGAGCAGGAAAGGUAAAAAGAGUGGCAAGGCGUCGUCCAGGGGAGAGCAUUCUGUUACUCAACCGCCAGGUCAGGAACCAGCCGGCCAUAUGGACACGAACCACCAUCACUCGACCCAGUCAGAAGAGGGUGAGGACUAUCCCGAUUCUCCUGGAGAACGGACGGGGCCCGACAUAAAAGCAGAUGGUCCACCACCAUAA